GACGGGGGGGGCGGAGGCGGGAUGGAAAACAUGUCGAGGGGAAUGAAAACACCCCAACCUGUCUUACCGCACUGAUUGGCCAGCAGAUAGGCCCCGCGAGCGCCGAUUGGCAAGCCGGCCUGCUGCUCAUAGCCAUUCCCCGUCCUUUCUCUGUAUGCGUGUGCCUUCUCCCACCCACCGCUUUACUCACUCACGCACGUACGGAAGGCUCCCGCCUCGGCCUCGCGUAUCUCUUUGUGUGUGAGGUUGUGAUUGGACGGCGACCAAGCCCCUCCCCCCCGCUCACCCCCCCUCCUCUCACACACACAGACGACGUCCCGCUCCCCGUCGAGAAGUUUUAAUUACCUCCGCGGCGCAUUGGUUGAGCCCGCCGCCUGUCCGGCGGAGGGAAGCGCAGAGGGCCCGCCCCUCUAGCCCGGGACGGCCGCGGAUUGGGCCACCUGGGCAGCGGCCUUCUCCUCCCAUUGGCCGGCGGGCUCCUCCAUUCUCAGAACUUUGCUCUUCGCGCACCGCCCCACGCUCCCCCUCCUCCCCGCCCGCAGGGUCACGUGAUGUUUUCGCCGUGGUGCCGCCGCGGCUGCCUGUGUGAGUGAGGGAGAGCGAGCCAGGCAGAGGAGGCGGCGGCAGAGAGCGAGGGCUCGGCGCGUCCGGACCGCCCGUCUGUCUGUCUGUCUGCGCGUCGCUCCCUCGUUCGGUCUGGGCUGCGUCUGGAGCCCGUUGGACAGCCCGGCUCCCCCCUACAGAGAAGUCCCGGCAGCGGCGGCGGCGCGGAGAACCCUGCGGCCACUCAUGUCCAGCCGGGCCUGGGAGCCGCUUCGCCUGUGAGGGCGGCUUCGGCACCCCCCGCCGGCCCCACGCAGCGCCUCGGACCCUGCUCCGGCAGCCCCUCAAGAUGGCGAGCGAGAUGCUUGGCCCCAGCGGCGGGGAAGGCGGCUGCCUUGUUUUGGAGGGAAAGGACGAGGCUGCGGGCGGCGCAGGGGGCUCCAGCCAGGGGGCCAGUGCCAGCAAGCUGGGGGCCCCUGCCCUCGCCGAGGAGGACCCGGAGCUGGUGGAGAGCGCCCCCUGCCCGCCCCCUGCUCACCACUUGAUGCUCCUGCUGAGGAGGUCCCCUAGCACCUCCCUCUGCCUGGUGCAAGAAGAAGAUGCCCUCCUUCCUGGGGGCAGCCCUGCUGCCGCUGCCACCACCACGGCUGCUGGGCGAGGCGGCCCCAGCUCGGUAGGGCGAGGUGGGCCCCCAGGGCCCUCCCCCCGGGGAGCGCCCACCCUACCGGGGAGUACAGCCAUGGGGGAUGAUGUGAAGAAGUGUGGCUACCUAAGGAAGCAGAAGCAUGGCCACAAGCGCUACUUUGUGCUGCGGGAGGAGAGUCACCUGGCCCCGGCCAGGCUGGAGUACUAUGACAGUGAGAAGAAAUUCAAGAGCAGCUUGAGGGCGACGGCGACUGGUGGGAAUGUUGCUCUCUGCUGCCCCCCUCCCAAGCGGGUCAUCCCCCUCUACCAGUGCUUCACGGUCAGCCGGAGAGCAGAUGCCAAGCACAAGCACAUCAUCGCUCUGUAUACCAAGGAUGAGUAUUUUGCCAUGGUUGCCGAGAACGAGGCUGAGCAGGAGAGCUGGUACCAGGCAAUCACUGAGCUCAUGAGUCAAAGCAAGAGGGGGUUCUUGGAGCAGGACGACCAGGCUGAUCAACAACUGGAUGACGAUGACGAGCAUUAUGGGGCUGCUCUUCGGCCCGGGACUGUGUUCAAGGAAGUUUGGCAGGUCAAUGUAAAGCCCAAGGGACUGGGGCAGACCAAGAAUUUGACUGGGGUGUAUAGGUUGUGCCUCUCUAGCAAGGCAAUCCAUCUUGUCAAACUGAAUACUGAGGUUCCCUCUGUCCACUUACAGUUAAUGAACAUCCGCCGAUGUGGGCACUCAGAAAACUUCUUUUUCAUUGAGGUGGGCAGGUCUGCUUCCAUUGGUCCAGGUGAGCUGUGGAUGCAAGUUGAUGAUUCAGUGGUUGCCCAGAACAUGCAUGAAACCUUUCUAGAAACCAUGAAAGCUUUGAAAGCCUUCUCUGAGUUCAGACCUCGCAGCAAGAGCCAGUCUUCUAGUGGCGGUGGUAGCAGCACCAACCCAAUUUCCUUCAUCACUACCAGAAGGCACCUAGGAAACCUACCACCUAGUCAGACUGGCUUACAGAGAAGAUCCAGAACUGAAAGUGUUACUGGGGGGACCCCACCAACCUCCAAGAGUAGUAGUGCUUAUCGCUUCAGAACUUCUAGUGAAGGGGAGGGAACAAUGACCAGACCUUUUAGGUCAGUGACUGGAAGCCUGAUUCAUCUGAAUACUGCAAGGAUGAAUUUGGGGCGACAAGAAGGGAGUGGGCGAUACGUUAGAGCAGCGUUUAGCUCUUCUUAUCACACCAGGUCUGCCUCUCUGCCAGUAUCUCAUUUCCCUUCCACUACUAGCCCCAUCAGUGUUUCUUCAAGUAGUGGCCAUGGAUCUGCUUCAGAUACUCUUGUAAGGCCUUCUAGUUCAUCGGUCUGUGGGUCCCCAAGCGAUGGUGGCUUUAUAUCUUCCGAUGAAUAUGGUUCUAGCCCUGGAGACUUCAGGUACUUUCGUGUGAGAAGUAACACCCCAGAUUCCUUGGGCAAUACACCACCAAUCAGAGAGGAAAAUUGUUUGAAUGAAUACAUGUCUAUGAGCAAACAGCAAAUGGAUCAUAAUAGUUCAAGAGAUGAUUACCGGGAGGCUGAAAAAUGUUUCAGAAAAAGAACUUACUCUUUAACUAAACCUGCUUCUGGACCAGCACAGCAGAAAACAACCCAAACUGCAGCUGCUUUAGAUGAGUAUUCUGCAGGAAGCCACGGACACUUGCCUUGUUCUGAAUCGCCAAAAUUUAAAGAUAACCCUGAACCUGAAUAUGCAGAGGCUGCUCUUGAUUCUGUAUGUAAUCAAAGCAGGAACAAAGGUAGAGAUGAUGGAUACAUGCCAAUGAUGCCAGGAGUUGCAUCCUCUCUUUCAAACAAUGAUGAUUAUCUGCCAAUGACUCCUAAAAAUGUGUCUGUUCCAAAACAGAUAAACAGCUCUUGGUCGUCAUCUCAGGCUGACUCCAGAGGAUAUAUGAUGAUGUUUCCUAGGGCUGUCUCUUCACCUGUACGAAGUCCUUUAACUGGAUUUAAUUCUAGAAGUGGAAAUGAAAAAUUGGCCAAUAAUGAAUAUAUGGAUAUGUCACCUGGAAAUUCAUCUGCUCCAAAGCCACCCGGUGAUUCAAAUUAUAUGCAUACCAAUACUGGUUCCAAAAAUUUUGGCUCAUACUUUUCUCUCCCCCGAAGUUUUAAGACUCUGACAGGGCAAAAUGGUGAACACAAUGAAUAUGUUCCAAUGUCAUCACCUGGAAAACUACUAUAUGGUGAAUCUGAGAAUGGUAAAAAUGUCAGCAAUGAAGUUUUGGCCAAUGGCCUCUCCAAGACAUCUCUUCUAAAAGCUUCAGAUGAAGGCCUUUCACAGAACAGGGUUACGAGGCCAACAAGGCUUCCACUAGGUACCAGAGGUAGCAACACUAUCCCAAGAAUGUAUGAUCGUACAAUUCCACUUGAGCCAUCUAGCCCUGGUGAAUAUAUAAAUAUUGAUUUCGGUGAAAAAGCAAGUAAUACACCAUAUUCUUUAUCUGCAGAGGGAUCACCCUCCUCUCUUGGCUCUAGCAGUGACCAUAGGCAGUCGCCACUUUCUGACUACAUGAGUGUUGAUCUUGAUGUUCAGUCACCGAAAGCAGCAAAAGAUCUAUCCAACUCUUUAACAGAUAUUUCUAUUUAUUCAAGUUCGAGUAUCCCAAGAAACCCACCUGAUGCUGAUUAUGCCAGACUCUCAUUUCGUACGGCUUGUGUGAGCACAGCAAGUGGUAGGAUUGAUGACUACACUGAGAUGACCUUCAACAUGGCAGCAACACCACCUGGACCCUUUAGCACAGAAAGCAAAAAUGGCGUAAAGAUUGAUAGUCCUCCUUCCAUAGUAAAUCGGCUCUGCAUUGUUGACCAAUAUGCGGGUAGCAGUGACUUCUCUGUUCCUAGUCCUGAUCCUCCAGUAGUACCUAAAGUUAUUCGUGCUGACCCACAAGGAAGGAGGCGGCAUAGCUCUGAAACAUUUUCUUCUGCUGGCACUGUUACCACCUCCUCCUCCUUCUUUACUGACAGUAGUAAACGGCACAGCUCUGCCUCUUUUGAUAAUGUGUGGCUGAAACCCGAAGAACACAUUUCAGAUGGCCAUGAAAGCAAGAUGUCCAGAGAUACUUCAACUGGAUUUCAAAAUGGCUUAAACUAUAUAGCUCUUAAUUUACGAGAGAAUUCUCUAAACUGUGAGGAAAGCCCUAGUACACCGAACUGCCACCUCCCAAAUGGUACUUUGAAUCUGGAAAGCGGAGUGUAUGUAAGCAUAGACUUUAGCAGAUCUGAUGGUUUGAAGUGCAACUCUGCAACAAAAGACUGAUGGCAUUACCAUGGAAACCAUUGUGAGAAGAGCAGGGUUCCCAGCUGGUAUCUCCAUAACUGUGUGGUGCUUUUGGAAGCAGAGCCCAUCUCCAGUCAACUCUGUUCACUUCCACCAACACAGACAUGGACAUGCAUCAUUGGAAUGACUUUUCAUUGAGUGGCUGUUGAGUCUACAGUUGUGCUAAUCUGAAUGAACAUUUGUCAUAGAUGAGCCUUGAUGACGAAGGUCCCCCCUCCCCCCCCCCCGGCAUCUCUGUCUGGGAGACAAUGUGAAUGCUGGAGUGGAAUGACAACUUUCCAUGCUAAUUCUCCCCUUUCCCCAUCAAUUUCUGUUUUGAGAAGUCAAAGUUGGUGUCUGAGAAUCUGCCUAAUAUGGUUUUUGCUUUUCUAGUACUUGAAGUGAUAGCUUAAAUGUUAUAAAUGGCUUAGAAUUCUUUGGGCAGUUCAACAACCCAUUUUGAGGGGUUGGGAAGAACAGGCGGAGGCUGGGAUUCUGUGAUCCUAGGCAUACAUUCACAAGUCCUCAUUGAAAUCUAUGGGUAAUUUUUUUUUAAGUACUAGAGCCUGCAGCUAAUGAUUUGGAUGGUAAAUUCCAGCUUGUACAACCUUCUCCAUCCCUGCUAGCUACAAAGCAAUGAGAGAUUUUCUCUCUCCUGUGUAUCUCUUACUCCCCACCCUGGCCUGGUCUCUUUCUCUCACAUGGACCUCAAGAGAGUCUUACUCAUUUACUGUUGCCUACUUUGCACUCUGGGGGUGGGGAACACCCCCACUCCUCUCUUCACCCACCCCAGCAGUCACAUCUGUCUUGGCAAAGAAGCUGUUUGUUUGCUCUGGAAGCAACCACUUUGCCAGAACGCAAACUGCUUCUUUGCAAAGAUACCUCUGACUGUUGAGGACCUAGGUUGUUUGUUGAGGGGUGGAGGGGAGUCUGCUGUGUUGUUUUCCCUCCUGGAGAUAACAUGAGAAGUCAAAGGUCAUUAUCCUGUGCAUAAAUACAUAGGAGUAAGCAGAACUGUGCUAAGUAGGAUUUGCUUCCAUGCAAACAUGCGUUGGAUUGGGCUGUAACUAAGAUACACAGACGUACACUCUCUCACACACAUACUGUCUAGCUCCUUCUCCUAGGUUGAUGCAUGUGCUGUUCAUGGCGAGGCUUCACAGCCGCAUGUGCAAUACACUAUAGAGGGGAGAGAAGUGGUACUUAAGUGAGAUCUCUCUUCUUUUGUUCUGUUUAAUUUUACUUUAUGGUACAAGAGGUUUGUGGAACCUGUAACUUUUUUAAAAAACUAUUUCUACGUCCUCUUUAAAUUGAAGAUUAUUGCUGGAAAUAUCUUUGAAUGUAAAGGUAGAACUGAAGAUUGGUUGUAUCUGAUUAUAGAUGAAUUUUCUCUUACAUCUCCCUGUAUAGUUAUUUCUGUUUAAUUAUAAAUUUUGGUUAAGAAGAGUUGACUUUUUAAAAGCAAGUUCAAAUGGUAAAACGGCAGACUCUGCAAUUGUAUAUUACCCCUGCAUUACAAUGUUGAUGUGCUGUAGAGCUUACCUAGAGAAUAUUCCUUAAUCUUAAACUUUGGUAAAAGUUCCCUUUUUUUUAUUUGAAGCCACUCUUUUUCAAAAAUUAGGGAAAGAAAACCCCAUACCCGGAAUUAAUACUGUCUUUUUACAAUGCCUAAUGUGGGGAAUGAAAUAUGUUUUCUUACUAGGGGUAUUGUUCAAAACUGUAGCCAGAAGUCAGGUGCCUCGCUUGGUAGGCUUAUGUCAUUAAAGAGCAUGACGCUAGUUGUUGGUACAUAUAGUGUAUACUAAUAAUUAGAAGCACUGAUAACUGAAAGGGUUGAAAAUGGUACGCAAAUCCUCAGGCACCAUACAGCUGGUAUUCCUCUCCAUUAUAUAUUGUACGAGUACUGAGUAAGGGUUGCCUCACCUUUUUGACAUCUGACCUUUUCAAAGUACUAGUCCAGUUUGUAUAACAAACUAGACCCUGCUGUCAGUUUUGAUGUUCAUUACUGUGUACUGAAAUCUAUUUUUGGUUAGUCUUAAUGUACAUGUCACAAAAUUAUAUAGCUAACUUUUGGCAAAAUGUAGUUGGUAUCCAUGAAUGGAUGCGGUGCCCAGUAAUCAGAAGGAAAAAAUAUGCUGCAGAGUUUAAAAAGCACAGAUGACUUCCUGAAUCUAGAAAAGCAAGGUUUUCAAGAGUACAGUUAACCAGUUGCUGCUAAACAUAUUUUAACUUUUAAAACAUGACCACUUUUCUAGACCACAAUACUGUCUUGCCAUGUAUGUUUUGUUUGGACUCUGUAAAUUAACCAUGCAAUAGGUACUGCCUUUGAAGGGGUGGGGUGGGGGAGCUUUACAUCUUCUUAUUUUUUAAAGAAAUGAAACUUGGGUGAUAGUUUAAAAGAUGAAUUGUGAAAAAAAAGGUUAACAAAUGUUACAUUCUUUAUAUAUUCGAUCCUGAGGCUGCCAUGGUACAAUAUACAGCACUGAUUUUACAAAUGCUGAAUUAAAUAAGCAAAUGGGUAACCUCAACUCUACCGGUACAAAUACUAACAGGUACAGCAUAAUAAAAUAUGCAAUCUUUUUUGUCUUGGUUUACAGCAACUAAUUUAUUCAGUAUUGUGCUGGAAGACCAUUUUCCAACUAUGUCAAACAUAUCACUACGUGGACAAACCUUCCAGCCACCCAUUUAUGCUGCUGUAUAGUACAGAAAAACCAAUGAUGGAACAAUGUUUGUCCUGUAAAUUUAAUUUGAUAUUGGACAGUUCUUGUCUGUACAAACUAAAACAUAUAUGGUUGAAACUGUUCAUUAUAUUUGCGAUUUCUGCUUCACUGAUCUGUUUAAAAGUUUGAGCUGAUUGAUUCGGCUGUGUCUUCCAUUGUAAAUAUUGUUACAUUGUUUUUCAUGGUAAAAAUGCAGCACAUUUGCAGUUUUGGGAGACUGGCUUGAAGCUCUGUAUAGUGUUUAUAUUUAUCUGAAUUGGCUUUCCAUAGAGCUACUUGCAGUAAAUGUGUUCAUGGUA